AGGAAAGACGUCAUAUUAUCGCCGUCAGUGCAACAUUAUGGACCAACCUUAUGUGGUUUUGUAGCAGAAAUUUACCAUAAUGUCUGCUUGUACCUCUCAUCGAUCUAUAUUUGAUUUAUGUCCAAACGAUGAGAUUUUGAAUGGACUUAAAGAGGUGAACUCUAUCCUUAAACAGACUGUUGAUCAUGAACCAACACAAGAGGAAAAUAAAAGCCGGGAUGAUGACAGGGAAGGGGAAGGCAGCCUGGUUAGAGACGUGUCUGAUAAGAUGACCUGCUUAGCUUGCAAAUGCUCCUUUACUAACCGUGAAGACCAGAUGGAACACUACAAGCUUGACUGGCAUCGUUUCAACUUGAGACAAAAGAUGGAAGGAUUGUCACCAGUAACAGUGGAAGAGUUUGAAAGGAAAACUGGAGCUGGAGACAUGUCGAGUAUCUCAGGCUCAGAGUCCGACUCAGAGGAAGGAGACUCAGAUAGUGAUUAUGGUGGAACAAGCAGUAACGUCACAGGAACAGAUAAUGAGAGCUCCUCUGAAAAUAGUUUGAUUUGUGGUCGACUUUCAAGCAAGGUUGUUUUCCAAAAUUCUGCAGGACAGUAUCUUUCUGUACAUCGCUGUAUUCUUCAGGGAAAGAGAAAUGAAGAGAUAGAUUUAGUGCUGUCUCUAAAAGCUGUAAACAAAAAGACUGUUUGGGUGAUUCUCAUGACCGGUGGAGGCCAUUUUGCUGGAGCUGUAUUUCGGGGUAAAGAAGUCAUUCAGCACAAGACAUUUCACCGAUACACUGUCCGUGCAAAGAGAGGCACUGCCCAAGGUCUCAGGGACGCACAGAACCGCAGCCACGCUCCCAAAUCAGCAGGAGCUGCUCUGAGGAGAUACAACGAGGCAGCCCUGGUUAAGGACAUUCAAGACAUUCUUGUUAGCUGGGUAGAUCAUUUAAAGGAAGCAUCUGCAAUAUUUGUGCGUUCUCCAAGCUACAACAAAUCCAUAUUUUUUGGUGGCCGGACCGCUGCUCUAGACAAAAAGGACUCCAGAAUUCACAGUAUUCCUUUUGCAACAAGGAGGGCGACGUUUAGAGAGGUGCAGCGGGUACAUGAAGUACUUGGUAAUAUUCAGGUUUAUGGGAAUGAGACUGAUAUGUCCUUCAUCUUUAGCCAAUCCAAAAAGAUGUGGAAAAAAGCAGUCAAGGUGAAAGUGCAACCUACCACUGAUCAAGACAAAGAAAACAGCUGCAAAACAAGUUCAGGGGAGGAAGAAGAGAGUGGUGCAGUCCAACUAGAAAUGGAAGAACUAUCAUUAACAACACUGGACUUAAGGGAGUCAGAAGUGUAUCCAUCUAAGCGCAAAAGGCGGAAAAAUAAAAACAAAGAUGGUAAAAUGCAAACUCAGGAUUUGGAUAGCACAGAAGAGCACACUGAGGAGCAACAAGAGGCUGCGGAGACAGUGGAAGCACCUCAAGAUAAAAAAUCAAAGAGGAGGAGAAGAGGACAGAAAAAGAAAGAACUGAAAGACACUGUCGAUGACACUUGGGAGUACAGCGUGAGGGAUGCGCUCUUUACGGCCUGUAAGAUUGGUGAUGUAGAUGGUUUGCAACGACUUCUGAAUGACCCAAAACCAGUAGAAAAGAUGGGGACUGCAGAAGAGACAGAGACCUCAAAUGUCAAAACCCCACUUAUAUUUCUCAAUAAGCCCAUAGACUCGUCAGGAUUCACUUUGUUGCAUGUUGCUUCAACUGCAGCACAGAAGGAAGUGGUCAAGUGUCUUUUAGAUAUAGGAGCAGACCCAGCAUGCAGAGACAACAAAGGCCAGACCCCAUAUAAUGUAGCACCGGAGAAAGACACAAGGAAUGUUUUUAGGAAAUUCAUGGGGGAGAACCCUGAUAAGUACGACUACAGUAAAGCACAGAUCCCAGGCCCACUCACAGCAGAGAUUGAGUCCAAAAAGUUGGAGAAGAAAAAGGCUCAAAAAGCACAAAAAAAACAGCGAGAAAAGGAACAAAAGGAAGAGAAGAAAAAACAAGAGAUGGAGGCAGAGGAGAAGAAGAGGUUUGCAGCUUUAUCAGACCGAGAAAAAAGAGCCUUGGCAGCAGAGCGCAGACUGGCUGAACAAGCUGCUGCAACAGGAGUUAGUAUCUCAAAUGCAAAGAGAUGCUGGAUGUGUGGAGAGUCACUUCUGGGGAAAAUCCCAUUUCAGUAUCUGGAUUUUACGUUCUGUAGCCCGCGUUGUGUCCAACAACACAGAAAGGCCAAUGCCAAAUAAUCCUAGUUAACUGUGUAGAUUAACUACAGAGUAAGCUACCUCAUGACAC